GAAAAAAAUCAGUCUUCACCUUUUCCCAAUUCUAGUCAAGAUCAGGAUUCACGAAUAACUUUACCUUCAAAAAAAAAAAUUAAGUUUCGCGCCGACGAACAUCAUGCGAAUGUUCGUCGUAAUAGCGGCCCUAGUGGCGGUCGCUAGUGCCGCACAAUUUCCGCAGAGCAUAGCAGACAUAACUGGAAAUUACUAUUCUGUGGAGGAACGUUCCGAACCGCAGGGUUAUUUUUAUCCAAAACCGGCGAAUCCCUAUUUACCCCCGACGACAACAAGGCGACCGACAACUACUAGGAGGCCAACCACUGCUAGACCUACUACUACUAGGAGACCAAUAAUCGCGCCCUCUAGACAUAUUGAAAGUGAAUACUUGCCCCCAUCGACUACUGCGAGGCCGAUAACUACUAGGCGAGUCACGACCACUACUAGAAGACCAACAACUAGGAGAAUUGAGAGCACCUACUUGCCACCUACUACUACUACUACUACCACCACUACUCAAAGGCCUGUUACUAAGAAAGUCGAACCUACUUAUCUGCCUCCUACCUACUUGCCGCCUGUGACUACUACCACCACUACUAGGAGACCUACUACUACUAGAAGACCUACUACCACUACUACUAGGAGGCCUACUACUGCCAGGAGGAUAGAGACCACCUACUUGCCACCUGUUAGUGCUACUAGGAGGCCUACUACUACUACUAGGAGACCUACUACUGCUAGGAAAAUUGAAAAUACCUACUUGCCGCCUGUUACUACUACCACUACUAGGAGACCUACUACUACUAGGAGAAUAGAGAGUACAUACUUGCCACCUACUACUACUACCACUACUACUAGGAGGCCUACUACUACCACUACAACUACUAGGAGACCUACUACCGCUAGGAGAAUUGAAAAUACCUACUUGCCGCCUGUUACUACUACCACUACUAGGAGACCUACUACUGCCAGGAGGAUAGAGAGUACCUACUUACCACCUACUACUACUACCACUACUAGGAGGCCUACUACUACCAGAAGGAUAGAGAGUACCUACUUGCCACCUACUACCACUACCACUACUAGGAGACCAACAACUAGGAGAAUUGAGAGUACCUACUUGCCACCUACUACUACAACGCAGAGGCCUGUUAUCAAGAUUGUAGAACAACCUAAUUAUUUGCCCCCUGUGACUACUAGGAAGCCAACUACUACUACUAGGAGGCCAACGACUUCGGAGAGGGCUUACAACGCCUACUUACCGCCUAUUGACGCUAGAAUAGAUAAUGAUUAUCACUCACCGAGCGCCGUUGAUAAUUCCUACUUGGCACCUGCUAGCAGUGAACAAAUUGAUAACUCCUACUUGACACCUGUUGCUAGUAGGAGAGUCGAUAACUCCUACUUAGCUCCUGCAGCUAGUGAAAAAAUCGAUAACUCCUACUUGGCACCUGCUAGUAGUGAAAAAAUUGAUAACUCCUACUUGACACCUGCUGCCAGUGAGAAAAUCGAUAACUCCUACUUGGAACCAGCUGCGAGUGAAAAUGUCGAAAAUAGAUACGCCAAUGUUGAUAAUAGUGAAAUUGUCCUUGUGAGAGAGAAAUUACACGAGAAUAAUGGUUUGGAGGGUUAUCAGUACAGUUAUGAAUUAUCCGACGGACAGAAGAAAGAGGAAACAGCUGAAAUUGUGAAUCCUGGCGAGGAAAAUGAAUCUGUUGCUGUUCGCGGUAGUUUCCAGUGGAUUGAUCCAACAACCGGACAGGAAUAUAAAGUUAAUUAUACUGCCGAUGAAAAUGGUUUUCAAGCCGAGGGAGAUCAUUUACCACGUGCUUAAUUAAAUAAUAAUUGUACACACAACUGUUUUUAAAAAAUCUUUUUAUUUUUUUUCCGCAAGAGCAAAAAAGAAAAAAAUAAUUUUUUAAAAAAUAAUUUUUUAGAAAAAAAAAGAAACAAAACUAAAUUUUUUGUGUUAUUUAGAAUGACAAAAAAAAUCCUCUCCGUAAAAUAGAACCAAAAAAAAAAUAAAUUUGUUGUUACGAAAAGAAAAAGUCAAGAGCAAAAGAAAUUUUUUUUGUACUAAAAAAAUUAGAAGCAAAAAAAAAGAAAAAUCUGUUUGUUAGUAUGAAAUAUCAACAGCAAAGACAAUUUAUUUGUACUAAAAAAUAUUUAAAGCAAAUGAAAUGUUUUUUUUUUCGUUACAA